AGCGCUACUCAUUUGUACUUUCAACCCAUCUCUCCAAUUAAUUCAAAAAUUCGCAUCAAAUUAAUUUUCUCACCUUCCACAAUUAAUAUAUCGUAGCACACAACUUCUUUUAAUAAAAUCUUGAAAUUUUUUCGUUGAAAACAAUGCCUUUAAUCUCUUCAUUCUUUGUUAUUCUUCAAAGGGUCAUUACAUAAUCCUGAAACGAGAAAAGGGGUGAAAGGUUACUGCUAAAAUGCUUCAAUUGUAUUGCCCCCGCUCAUCAACUCCAACACUUAGUCCAAGAUUCAAUCAGAUUUCUCCUUUUAAGAGAACGUCAUUGGCUUGUCCAUGUCGGAGAAACCGUGCUUCUGCCUUUUGCAUGAAUAACUGGUUGGCCAAAAGUAAAGGAAAGGUGCCGAGCAUUCAAAAGAUGACAUGCAGACAGCUGAAUUCCUCAGGAAACAGGAAUAUCUGGGAAAAUCUGAAUCCUCAGCCGCUGAAGAUGUAUUUGAAAAAUAAUUCUGAGGACUUCCCAGCUAAAUUUGUAAUAGCUUCGUUGGCAUCUUAUUUCCUUAUUAAGUUGAAGCCUCUACAUCUAAUUGGUACGAAGAUGGGGAUGAUCCGAGAGUUAUUCAUCUUUGUAACUCAAACAUCAGGCACUCAAAGUUUAUCUUUUGCUUGUCUUUCUAACUCCUUGAAUAAACCAACACCGCUUCAGUUGGAUGUGUCCUUUCCUUCACUGAAAGACAUCAAAUGGAGUUUAGCGCGGUUAAUAUAUUUGUUCAACAUACAACUAGAGAAAAAUGUUGCCACGUUUUUUAUUGUGCUUUUGGUAUCAUGCUUCUCAUUUGUGAUGAUUGGUGGUGUUCUGUUCUUUAAAUUCAGAAAAAGCAGGGGUAGUGCUUACUCUUUGGAGGACUGCUUGUGGGAGGCGUGGGCAUGCCUCUGUUCAUCAUCUACUCACCUGAAACAAAGAACAAGAGUUGAACGUGUAAUAGGAUUCAUCCUUGCCAUAUGGGGCAUUCUAUUUUAUUCUCGCCUAUUGAGCACCAUGACUGAACAAUUUCGAAAUAAUAUGCAAAGACUCAGAGAAGGGGCACAAAUGCAAGUUUUGGAGACUGAUCAUAUUAUAAUUUGUGGAGUUAACAGUCAUCUCAACUUUAUACUAAAGCAGCUAAAUAAAUACCAUGAAUUUGCUGUUCGCUUAGGUACUGCCACUGCUAGGCGGCAAAGAAUUCUUCUGCUAUCUGAUCUUCCAAGAAAGCAAAUGGACAAAAUGGCCGACAACAUCACCAAAGAUCUCAAUCAUAUUGAUGUCCUUACAAAGAGUUGCAGUUUAAGUAUGACAAAAUCAUUUGAAAGAGCUGCAGCCAAUAAGGCACGCGCCAUUGUUAUACUUCCAACAAAGGGAAAUAGGUAUGAGGUCGACACAGAUGCAUUUCUCUCAGUGCUUGCCCUUCAACCCCUUCCAGAAAUGAUCUCUGUGCCCACCAUAGUUGAGGUUUCAAGCUACAACACAUGUGAACUCUUAAAGUCAAUUUCAGGAUUGAGAGUGGAACCUGUUCAGAAUGUCACAUCAAAAUUGUUUGUUCAAUGCUCUCGCCAAAAGGGUCUCAUUAAGAUAUACAAACAUUUGCUUAAUUAUCGAAAGAACGUGUUCAAUCUUUGCAGUUUCCCUCACCUUGUGGGAUUAAAAUAUAAGCAAUUAAGACGUGGCUUCCAAGAGGUUGUUGUUUGCGGUCUCUAUCGACAAGGGAAGAUAAAUUUCCACCCAAGGGAUGACGAAGUUUUGGAAGAAACUGAUGAAGUUUUGUUUAUUGGACCCAUUCAUGGAAAAAAAAGGCCGGAGCUAGUAUAUUCAAAUAUUUCUGAUGAAAGUGACAAUGCCAUAAAUGAUUCUCACACUGUGGAAAAGAAUGGACAAUUCCGGGGUAAUGCUUUGGAGAUAACAAAAGCACGCCUUGAGAAUAUAGUGAAACGGACAAAAUCAGGGUCUAAGGCAUCUGAUUCGUGUCUGGGACCUAAAGAAUGCAUUUUAAUGCUGGGAUGGCGUCCUGAUAUUGUGGAAAUGAUUGAAGAAUAUGAUAAUUACCUGGGACCUGGCAGCACACUGGAGGUGUUAUCAGAUGUCCCUAUGGAUGACAGACAUAAAGCUAGCAGACUUGCUGGUCAAGGAAAGCUAAAAAAUGUCCGAGUCUCCCACAGGAUUGGAAACCCAAUGGACUAUGACAUGCUGGCAGACACCAUUGCAAACAUUCAAAAAUCAUUUAAACAAGGCGAAGAAUUUCCGUUCUCCAUUGUCGUGAUAUCUGAUAGAGAAUGGUUACUAGGAGAUGCAUCGAAGGCAGACAAGCAAUCUGCAUAUUCUCUCCUCCUUGCUGAAAACAUCUGCGACAAGCUUGGCAUGAAGGACAUUCGCCUUUACAUGAAGGAAGAUGAGAAACCUUCAUUUGCCGAACUUUCUGAAAGAGCACAUUUGCGAAGAGAAGUUGCUAUCGGAUAUGUGAAGAACAACAAGAAGGUUAUCAACCCAAUCCCGAAAUCAGAACCCCUUUCUCUUGAACCGGGUGAUUUGCUGAUAGUGAUAUCAGAACUUGAAGGAGAACAACCCGUGAUCACAGUCAAUUAA